UGACCUUGCAUAUGUUUGUAAAUACGAAGAGCAGACACGUUGAUUUGUUUUGUGGAAGAGUGUGCGCGAAUAAAUUCAGGUUUUGUCCAGUUGACAGGCACAAACAUGUCCAGUUUGGAGUUUACCCAAAUGACUGUCAUCGAUGAACAUGCAGAAGCGGAUUUUCGAUCAAUACCAGGCACAUCUGGCUCUCAUGUACAUCAAGGGGCAUACGGGGACUUUCAUUUAAGGGAGGGCGUACAUCGUAAGGAAUCUGGAAAGAGAGGAAGGAAACCAGGGCGAAAAUCUUCCGAGAAAAUUGACAUGAAAGCUAAAUUAGAACGUAGCCGUCAAAGUGCUAGAGAAUGUAGAGCUCGUAAGAAACUCCGUUACCAAUAUCUCGAGGAGCUUGUGAACGAUCGCGAACAGGCCGUAAUGGCACUCAGGAAAGAGUUGGACAUGUACCUUCGGUAUGCCGCAGAAAUGGAUGCUGGAAGAUUUCCAGAAGGACUUCAGAAGUUGCUGUUGGAUUGUGGUGCUUUGAAACAAGAAUAAACUUUAUAUUUUCGUUCAGAUGAGAAGUCCCAAAUGGCUUAAGGAAUAAGAUUCCUCUGCCAGUUACCGCGGCUCUCAUAACUGUUGCCAUUGCCUUCAUCGUUCAUUUGUGAUAUUUUGUUAUUGUUGAAACAUUUUUCAGAAACCGGCCAAGUUGGUUUACAAACAAAUACCGUGUUAUUUUUACAAGAUAUGGAAAAUAUAUUUUACUAUGAAUUAA